CCUAGACAAACCUUUCCUUCAUAGUACAUGUGUGUUUAGCUCAGAGAUGUUUUAGAAAUGUUGUCGCAAAGUGCCUUUGGUUAGUUAAUUUGAGUGGAAAAAGUCAUUUUGUCAUUUUCAUCUUAACAAGGUAAGAUUCUGCACUAACCUGUAACUACCUGCAGAUUUUUACUAGCAACAUCAGUGAAUGAGUUAGCCAAGCAUGUGUUGUUAGCAGAAACCAUACGAGAUCCUAUUAAAUUACUAGAUGGGCGAUGUCAUAAACCCUCAAAGGUCCAGAAUGGGGUGAAAAUGGGAGUCAUAUUGCCAUGGUCAGGGAAAAACCCAAAGUAGUCUAAUUGGAAUGAUUGGCAGUAGAGGCAUAAUCCUGAUUUUCCUCAUACAGGAAAAUAAAAGUAAGGCAUGUGAUACAUCAUACAUUGUCAACCUAAAAUAUUGUCAUAAAACUAUAAAUACAGUUUAUACGGGUUUUAUACACAUUUUAUUUAUAAAUAGCCUUUAAAAAUAUAUGUAAACAUACCAUAAAUGUCUACAUUUUUGUUUUCUUGGAAAUCUGUGAGUGCAUGUUAUGGGUUGCAUGUUUAGUCACAAUAUUGUUUGAACAUUCGUUUUGAAAAAAUAUAUAUUGGAAAGCUGUGAGUGCUAUUAUAUGAUACAAUAUCGGUACUUGUUGCAUUUACAACUUGUCUCUAAGUCCUAUCAUCAACUGAUUUCAGCCAGUGAAUGGCUGUGUGGCUGCAUUGUUUGAAUGGAAUGUUGGCAUAUUGUCAGUUAAUUAGAAACAUUUAUUGAAUCAUUAAUUUCUCUAAAACUGUCUGGCUAGCUAACAGUGCAGGUCAAUUCUUCAAAUUCAUUAUUUUACACAAUAUCUUAUCACAGCACUGGUUGACCAACUCCCUGACCAAAAUGGCUGAUCUUCAUCCCAUCAUAAGAUGGUUCAUGUCCAUUCUACUAUUCUAAUUCCUAAUUCAUAUAUGGCAGAGACAGACAUUAGGCUAGGUAUUUUUUGUGCUAGCUAGGGUUCUCUACGAUCUCUGAUGUUAGUUUGCAAACUCGACUAACUACCUGCAGAAAUAUGUUGAUAUACUGCGAAAACAAAUAUUUGUAUUCCUCACAAGUUUGUAUUUGAAGCAUGAUGUGAACGAGCUAAUGUUAGCUAACUAGCUAGUAACUGUGUAGUCCAACGCAGGAUUUUCAAAACACACUUUUUAUUUAUAAGUUGUCAGGCUUCCUACAAUGGCUGGAACAACCUUUUGUGAGGCGUCUGAGCUUUACAACAUUCUCAAUCAGUACACUCGCCUGUCCAGACUGUCAGAGUUCAACUUCCUCUGUUUGAUUGGUAAGAGCCAGGUAGGGGCAGACAGUCAUGUCAGUUCAACACGAUUCAAACAAAUCCAUUGUGUUGAUAAAGGUAACUUAUUUCUAAGACUCAGUCCAAUAUAAUACACUCGAAGUUGCCUAUUAUGAAAAGUGGACAAAUGGUUAUGCUGUUUCCUCAGAUGCUCGUGCUAAAGGACAGUACAAUGCCAGCCAUAUCAUUACUGCCAGGAAUGCAAAAUGGGUAUGAGUGUCAAAUCAGUUAUUAACACAUUACAACACUAGCUCAUCCCACUUUAGGAUGAAAAUACUCUGCUUCAAUUAUUCUGCCAUUUUGAAAUAUAAGUUGCAAUGUUUGACAGUGUAAUAAGUAAGAUGUCAUUGUUUUACUCUACAGGACUCUAAAGGCAAACUCAUUAUGCCUGUAGGAGUGGAGGUGGAGAGUAUGAGGUAUAUUGUGGUUUAUGACAGCAGCACCAGUUCUUUACAAGGUUCAGGUGAGCUGAAAAUCACCAGCCUGGUCACUGACUAUGAGGGAUCGAUUUAAUAAAAGCAUUUUAGGAAAAAUAUGACUCUUCUUAUGUGUUUGAUAAGUUUCAAUUAAGCUCUGUGAGGCUAAAGUAAAUUAACUUCAACCGUUUUCGAUUGAAUCAAACCAGCUUGUCAAUGAUUGAAUGAACCAGUCAAUAAUAUCCGAGAUGGGUAAGAAUGGUUUGUAGUUAUUCUGUGUGUGUGUGUCUGUAGGUGAGGCUAUUGAAUGCGCUGAGGCCCUGACAAAAUCAAGCCGCUAUCCUGUCCAGAUUCUGAAAGGAGGCUAUCAGAGGUUCUCAGCCUUUUAUCCUUUCUUUAGGACACAAAAAAUCCUUUACACCAUAAAGGUAACGCCUCCAUUGCAUCUAAUCUUUGCUAAAUAUUGUGAGAGCCUGUUGAGAAAAUGCAUAACAUACUCAGGUGAUAAGAGUCUUUCAAAGUGCUGAUUUACAUAGAUUGUGCUGCUGUCUGUUUCAUUAUUGUGACUUUGUAGGAAUUGGAGAGCUUGAGGCCUUAUCCAGUGGAGCUCUUGCCAGGUCAACUCUACUUGGGCGAUUACAAGCAGGCCAUCAAUCCCCAUGUCCUAAAAGACCUGAACAUGAGCACCCUUGUCAAUGUCUCUGAAGACAGUAGUCACAUGUGCGUGAGGACUCAUAUUUACAUUUCAAAGGAGCAGGUACUAUGGAUGAUUGUUCAUAAAAAAUAGUUAUGUUUGAGUACAACUUUUUUCUUUUUGAAAUUAGGUUUGAAAAAGGAAACCACACCAUCCUUCACAUCAAUGUGGCAGAUUCAGUGGAGGCUGAUCUGUACUCCAGUUUUGAGAGGAUUUGUGUUUUUAUUGGUGAGCUACAUGUAUUUUGUUCCACUUUUUAGAUGUUACUUGUUAUUACUUGUUGUUACUAUUUAUUUAUUUAUUAAUAUUAUGUUUAUUAUCGUGUUGCAAAUGUUUCCCUUUUAGACUCUCGUCUCAACACUGGAUCUGCAGUUUUGAUCUUUUCAAGUCAUGGAAUAAGCCGCUGUAGUGCUGCGGCCAUUGCUUUUCUUUUGCACCACUUGAAAUAUACACUGGGGGCAAGUUAUGUUUAUGUACUUUACGGUCUUCUUUGGAAUGUGUAAUAGAAAUAGAAGAAGUUCAGGCUGUUCCAGUUCCUGCCUUUGGAAUCUGAAGAAAUUUUGUUUGGCUUAGUAAUGAAAAUACUGCGUGUUUACAGUAUAAGAUUUGGUUGCUGAAUUUGGUGAGCUGUUAAUUUUUCUGUUAUUCCUCCCACUCCAUUAUGAUAUCAAUGGCACUUUUCUCACUACAGGAGGUCUGGGAGCAUGUCCUGCAAUGUAAAACCAACAUGAGGCCAAACCGAGGGUUUGUACAACAGCUGUCCGACUGGGAGCUGCACACACUGGGUAGAAGAAUGACUGAUAUUGCAGAGCCCGCUAUUGAGAAGAUGGUUAAUAGAUCAUUUAAAUGAGUCCAGCAGAGCCCUGUAAUUCACUGGGGCAAUAUUUACCCAAUGCAAAUAAAAAA